AUGGCAUCAAAACGUAAAUAUAGUCCACUCUGGGAUCAUUUUGAAAGUACGGAGCCAAAAAAAGCUAAGUGUAAUUACUGUUCAAAGACUCUCGCUAUGUCUUCGAGUUCUAUCGGGUCUUUGAGUAGGCACAUGAAGAAAGUUCACCCCACCAUAAAUAUUAAAUUAAAUAGGCUAGAGCGUAUAGAUGACCAUGAAGAAAAUGCUAGUAGUACAGAUUUAGACCAGAACGUACAAGAGGUGCCAACUACAAGCACUGCAACAUCUACGUCAACAGCGCCUAUUGCAACAACAUCUACUGCAACAACCUCUACUAAAGCCACGACAGUCAGAAGGAGUACGCAGAUAGCCUCAACUUCAAUGAAAGAUUACAUUGAGAUAAAAAAGCCUCUUUCACUUAUUAAAUCGCAACAGCUGGAUGAACAACUCCUUAAAAUGAUAGCUAAAGGCUAUCAUGCUUUAAGAAUAGUGGAGGAACAGGAGUUCCGGAAAUUGGUGGAAAUGUUAAACCCAGGAUAUAAAUUACCCACUCGUAAAACGCUUUCCGAAAGUCUACUACCCAAAGCAUAUAAUAAAGCGCUCGAAAGGGUAAAAAAAGAAAUUGUAAAAGCAAUUGCCGUUUGCAUAACUACGGAUGGGUGGCGAUCAGUAACUAAUGACGAUUAUAUAGCCAUAACAGCUCAUUAUAUCGACCCAGACACUUACAAGUUAUGCUCUGUGAUGAUUGGUUGUUGCAACUAUAACGAGAGUCACACCAUGGUUAAUAUAUCAGAAUUUUUGCACGAGAAGUUUUGUGAAUGGAACAUCGAUUAUAAAAUCACUGCGGUCGUCAGUGACAAUGCAGCUAAUAUUCUGGGUGCUGUUCGUAUUGGCGGUUGGCGUUCCGUAAGCUGUUUCGCACAUUCUAUUAAUUUAUUAGUACAGAACAGCCUCACUACUAUCUCAGAGACAGUAACGAAAGUCAAGAAUGUGGUAGAAUAUUUUAAUAGAAGCCUACCUGGAGCUAGAAAGCUAAAAGAAAUUCAAGAGCAAAUGAAUAUCGCACCACUCAAAUUGAAGCAAGAUAUCAGUACAAGAUGGAAUUCUACAUUUGAUAUGCUCAAUAGGUUCUUUAAAAUAAAAGACGCUAUCAUUGCUACCAUAGCAAUAAUCAGAUCAGACCUGGCCUUAUCGCCGAACGAUUGGAUAGUUGUGGAAAAAGCGAUCCCAAUUUUGUCCAUAUUUUACGAGGUCACGAAUGAGGUUAGCGGCGAAAACUAUGUCUCUGCUUCAAAAUACAUAGUUUUUUGUAAGCUCAUGAGCAACCAAAUUGAAAAGUUUUCAGCGGAAACCACAGAACCAAUCAAAGCGUUUGUUACCCGUUUGAAAGAUGAAAUGAUGCAACGGUUCGGCGACGUUGAAAAAAACGUGUUGCUCAGAGAAGCCACAAUACUUGACCCACGCUUCAAACAAAGGGGAUUCAGAGAUAUUAAAAAUUUUGACACUGCCGCAGCAGAACUAAAAUCAAAAAUUGGGAGGAUUAUCCUGCCCAGCGAACGUUCUAACAUUCCAGAACCUGCUGAACCUAGUACAGUUCCUUCAAAAGCAAAUUCAAUUUGGGAACAGUUUGAUGAGGAAGUCGCGCGUUUAGUUCCAGAAAACCCCGUUGCCGCAGGUAUUGUGGAAUUCGACAAAUAUAUACAGGAACCACUAAUAAACCGGAACCAAAAUCCUUUGUUGUGGUGGAAGGAACGAAAAGCUGUAUAUCGCUGUCUCUACACUUAUAUGCUUAAACGUUUACAUAUAACAGCUACGUCUGUUCCUUGUGAGCGGGUUUUCUCGAAGGCGGGCUUAACUCUCAAUGAUAGAAGAACGCGCCUAACAACGAGAAAACUAUCUCAGUUAAUGUUUAUAAGCUGCAACUGA